UGUACAUCUUGAUCUGACAGGAAUAGAUGUACAGUUCUGAAUGCCAAAGAGCAGUUUCUGUUUAUUUUCCCUUGAUUGAAAAAAUACAAUACUCUGUUCUUACAUUACUGAGUUCAGAAUAGUAUUUUAUUACAGUACAUUAGUACAUAAGAAUUAAUUAAAUUCAACUGAUAAAAAGAGAAGUGUGAAGCAAUGUUUGGAAGCAGAGGUAAAUAAGUACUGUCUAAGUUUUCCUGGGCAUUCCAGUUUUCAUUCUCCUUUAUUGCUCCACUGGUUUUUGAUACUUGGAACUUCUAGCAGCAGAAAUUGACCUUUGUACAGAAUUGUACAAAUGAUAUGACCUCAAUACAUCUUUUCUCAGGCCUGGAAUAAGUAUGGAAGUCUUUGUGAGACCUGUAGCAAGAUUUGAAUUUAUGCCUCCAUAUUUAAGUGGCUUGAGUUAGUCUAUAGAAUCAUCUAGAGCUUUAUAAAUUAUUUUAUAAUGCAUUUAUCCACCUCAUGUCUGGUGAAUAUGGGUAGAUGCAUGCCAAGCUUUCAGACUUGUUAACAUAAAAGAGCUCGUCCUAUGUACCAUGCUAAAACUCCUUCUAAAAUGUAUUUAUGUGUAAUUAGUCUAUAUUGGGCUUUCCUCUUUUUUCCUUAGAGACAGGGCAGCAGCAGCAACCAGUCAGAUUACUGAAGAUAUCUUGCCACCCUCUCUGCAGCCCAGCAUCACUGCAGUCACUCAGUUCCCAGUUUGUCUGCCUCACAUGAUGCAGUGCUUCUUUAAGGACAAAGGGUAUAGGGUUUCCCUUGAAAAAAAAUGUAAUUUUUGAAAGAUCUAGGAAUUCGAGUAUUUUGAACUUUUUUCAUCACUUCAGGUCCAUGUCUGCUUGGACAGGAAAGAAACUGGACAAGGAAAAGAAAAGAAAAGGUAGCUGUGCCAAUUCUCCUGAAGCAGACCCUGUCUGUACCAAAGCAAAGUCUGUGAGAUCUGACAGAUCCAACUUCUUCAGAAGGUCAGGGGAUCAAUACUCCAGCACCAGAUCAGAGACCUCCUACACCAGGAGGAGGGCUAGGCAGUCUUCAGAGCUGACAAGGGUUAGUUGUGUCUCUGCUUCCCUCUGCCAAGAGGAAAAGAGGUCAGACGAAUGGAAGUACAGGCAUGGCUCUAGACAUCAUGCUUCUGAGCAAGUGAUAAUGGGGUCGGAGAAGGGCUCAGAUUCUCAGGCAGGACAACAAUCCCUUUUCCAGCAACCCCUCAGCUGCAACUCAGUUGGUGGCUCACUGGCAAGGCAGCAUUCUUCUCUCCAGCACUGGUGCAGCCAGACCCCAGACUGCAGCUCAGAUUCAGAAGACACUGAGAGCUCCUGUCCCAAGAAGGUAAGACCUUCUACUGCUCCUCACUUCUCUGAAUCUGAAAAGAAUUCACUAUUGAAAUCUGUAAUUGUGCCUGAGCUAGCUACUGUCUUAAAGGAUGCUUUGACAGCAGCCAGACAAAGUAUAACAUCUGUGGCACAGGUUAGGUCCCAUUCAGUAAAGCAUCCCAGGGUACCAAUUACAGAAGUUCCAGUGGCUCCUUUAGAAGCAUCUGGGAGCAGUUCCCAGACUUUUGAGUCUGACCAUAUGGACAGCUUAAAAGAUCAAACAGCUUUUGGGAAGGAAAAUCCUGAGCUUGACGAGGCCUCCUUGGAGGUUGAGUCAGCCCAUGAAGAUGGGGAAGUGGCAUCUGAGUCCCCUACAGAAGAUAAAGAAGGACCAGAUCCUCUGCGUAAAUUUGACAUGGAGAAUCAGAAUUAUCUGUUCAAACACAUAAAGAGGGUGUUAAUGCUAAAAUCUUCCAAAUCUGAGUGUGCUUCAGAAGAACUGCUUAUCCCCUCUGAAGAAGGCAAGAUAGAUAAUGCGCUUCCUAUCCAUUCAGCUGUGGAAGAUCUUGUCUGCAGGAUUUGGGGUAAUCCUGAGGCCAAGCAUGAAGCCCCAGCAGUACUACGUAAACUCUAUCCUUUUCCAGGGGAUAAAGCUGCUUUGUGGGGUACCUUGCCUGAGGUAGACAGAGCAUUGGUUACUGGUGAUUCUGUACUGUCAGUGCCUGAUAAUAGAGAUGCGCUCCCUAAAGAUCCUACUGACAAAAAGAUUGAGGAAGCAAUUAAAAGAUCUUUCAAGCUAGUUGCAGCUCAGCUUGGAGUAUCUAUCUACUGCACUUAUGCUUCUAAGGCUUUACUUAUAUGGUUGGAGGAAGAACAAGCCAAAUUCAAAAAGAAACGGUUCCCGUCUGCUACCAUGCAGAGGAAACGCAGGCUAUGUAAAAUUGCAGCUAAUUUUAUCCACGAUGCAGCUGAGGAUUCUCUUAGACUCACUGUUAAAAAUAUGGCAUGCCUCACUGUAGCCUGGAGAGCUGUAUGGCUGCGUCCUUGGACCUCAUUGCUAGAUCUAAAAUGUAAACUGCUGUCUUUGCCAUACACAGGGGGCAAGCUAUUUGGUGAAUCCUUAGUCCAGAUCAUGAAGGAUUUCUCAGAACACAAAUACUCCUUACAUCAGAUGAAAAAAAAGAGCUCUGUUGGAAGCUGUUCCUUUUCUUAUCCUCACAAGUGUCUGAGCUCCUUGCGUUCUCCUCCAAAGUUCAAAGGAGGGAAGGGAAAGUAUAAGGUCUCACAGUCAUUCCAUGCCAAGUACAAAAAGACAUCUCACUCUCAGAGAGACACCAGACCAUCAAGAGGAACUUUCUAAGAGCAUAGACUUGCUUCCUACUUUCUCAGGAACUGAGAAGAGUGAAAGAUGGAAAUGUUUCAAUAUUUCUGGACAAGCCCAGUCCUCAGAAAAUUAGUUGUUUCAAAAUAAAAUUAAAACUAUUAAGUUGCUUAGAUCUCGAUGAGUAAUUAAUACAUUCUAGAGAAAUGACAGCUCUUAAUUUUAGGGGAGGUUUUUUCACAUUCCAUGUCUAGGCUUCUCAGUGGUCUUCGGAUGGCUUGGAUUUGUUUGAAGUUUUGCACUCCUCAACUUCAUCUAAGAGCAUACCUUCUGCAGGACCAGCCAACAUCAUAUUUUUCUGCCAUAUCAAACUAAAUAAGGAAAUAAUGGUUUAGGAAAUGCAGAUGUUUCAAGAACCAUGGAAUGACUGUGUACACUAUGUUCCUGUGACUUGAUUCCUUCACUUUCACAUAAUAAGGGAAAACAGUGCCUCUGUAGCAAACUGCAAUGAGAUAGUAAAUUGUGGACAGUCAAUGCUUACACCAAGCAACUGCAAGAAACAGAAUAAGUAAGAUAGAUGUUUAUUUAUUUAAAUUAAAAUAAAAGAUUAUACAGAGCUCCUGUUCAGGUCUAUACAUCAUCCUAAUUUCCCUCCUGGUCCCUAAAUUGAGAGAAAUUAAGCAGUUAUAACAGCUACAGACCUAUGGGUUUAUAGGUAGGGAGAGACUGGAAGCUUGCAUUUUUUAGUUAACUACAAGGGCAGGACAAAAUUGCAGCAGUCUGCAGAAUGUACUUAGGAAGACAAAACAGGACAAGGCAACUCCAAUAGUAGGACUGCUAGUGUGGUAACAAAGGAUGUUUGCACAUUUUGUUGAAUUAUUUUGCCUCUUUUCUUCAACAUUUUGACACACACAGUAUCUUUCCUAGAAAUUCUUGGAAAUGCUACAAGAGACUGUCUGGCAGAGAGUUUUGAGAUUGCUAGAUAAUGUAUCACUCUUCCUUCUUGU